GUCCAAAUUGACAUUGUAUACGCGCGACCUAAAACUCCACCAGGGCUGAGAAAAUGUUCCACGUCAUCAGUUUAUACGCGUCACGUCUACAAAUCUUCCACGUCACGAUAUUUUGGCUGUGAUGAUUGGGCGUUUUGUUGGGAUUUUCAGUGUAGCUGUCAUUCAUUUCCAUCCCGGGGCAUAACAUCCCUUCGACAGUCCCCAAACAACGAAAGCCUCCCAACGAGUCCUCUUUUAUAAAGACUUGUUCCGAGCUUCACUCCUUUUCUUCCCUUAACCAAAUCAACCCACUUCACAAUACACUCUUACACUCUUAUCCCACCCAACCCCCAAACCAACUAUCAACAAUGUCCGGCAAAGGCGGUAAAUCUGGUGCUGACACCAAGUCCUCUUCCCGAUCCUCCAAGGCGGGUCUUCAAUUCCCCGUCGGUCGUAUCCACCGUCUCUUGAAGAAGGGAAACUACGCUCCUAGAAUCGGAUCCGGUGCUCCCGUCUACCUCGCCGCCGUCCUCGAGUACCUUGCUGCUGAGAUUCUCGAACUUGCCGGUAACGCUGCCCGAGACAACAAGAAGUCACGUAUCGUCCCCCGUCACCUUCAGCUCGCCGUCCGAAACGACGAAGAGCUCAACAAACUCCUCGGACACGUCGUCAUCUCUCAAGGUGGUGUCUUGCCCAACAUUCUCAACGAAUUGCUCCCUUCCAAGACCAAGAAGGGUGUCAAAGCUUCUCUGGAAGUUUAGAACGUUUUCAUGUUCGAUGGAGAUUCGAGGCUUUGAUGGGACGUAGCCUACACCUUUGUACACCUCUUUUCGCUUUCGCUAGCUUUCUUUCCUAUGCCAUCCUAUGAGAUGCAACCUUCGUGACCUGA